AAAACAUCCUCGAAUGAAGCCGCACGGAUAAUUGACCACCACACAAAACACACAUUCGACCAUCGAGCCAGGCUGGUGACAGGUGGCAGGCAGGCGGUUGCUAAGGAUGUUUCCCCGCAAGCUCUUCAGCUCAUCCAGGAACCGCCGAGUGAGCGACCAACUCCUGGAGCCGCACCGCGCUACGUCUCCUGCCGGCUCUGGAAAACGCAGCAAAAGCAUUGACAGCGAUGAAACCCUUCUGCCUGAAGGCAACAAGCCUCCUGAAAACCGGUCGAUGUCCCCCACUCCGUCGAAUCCCCGCAAGGCAGGAGAUAGCCUCGUGACAAUAGCUGGGCUGCCUCGGCGAUCAAAGUCUCCGCGUCCAGACCGAGCCUCGGAUCCGUCGGGUUUUACCUUGCUCCAUUGCCCAGAGGGCCGGCCCGUCGCCGAUAUAAUCUUCAUUCAUGGCUUGGGCGGAUCAAGCAGACUAUCAUGGUCUAAGAACAAGGACCUGGCUUUAUUUUGGCCUCUACAAUGGCUUCCGGCGGAUCCAGACAUGCAUCAGGCUAGGAUCUUCACGUUCGGAUACGAUGCUUUCUUUCUUUCACCGCAGAGCACAACACUGGGAAUAUCUGAUUUUGCGAAGAAUCUGCUCUAUGAUCUGCUAUACGGCCGGGAUUCCCAUGGGCAGGACCUGCGCUUUGGGCAAGUGCCAACUGUGUUUGUAACACAUUCCAUGGGCGGUCUCGUGUUCAAGAAGGCAUAUUUGGAUGCCAAACUGGACCCCCGCUAUGAGGCGAUUGUGGAGUCCAUCAAGGCGGUCAUCUUUCUUGCGACACCCCAUCACGGCGUAGACCUUUCGGAAUUUCUCAACCGUUUGCUCUCGAUCAGCUUCCUCUCUUCGUGGAAGCAAUACGUUGCGGAACUUCACAAACACGGCCCAUUCCUUCGAAUGAUCAAUGACCAAUUCCGCCAUGUUGCAACUCGUCUUCAAAUCUUUUCAUUCUACGAGACUCUUCAGACACAAGUUGGCCCGGCCUCUGUUACAAUACUGGAUAAAGAGUCGGCAAAACUGGGCUACCCGGCCGAGAUUUCCCGUUCGCUGAAUGCGGAUCAUCACAACGUCUGCAAAUUCGACAGCCCCCAAGACCCGAACUAUCUCGUAGUUGUGGGGGCACUGAAGGCUCUGAUAUUAUCCUUUUCAGAUUCCGAAGCAACUGAGAAAGAAAUCGGAAAACUCCAAGGACUCUUGUCACUUUCUGGCGACGUGGACCACGACCUCAGUCACUUCUGGGGUCGCAGAGCCGAAGGGACAUGUGAAUGGGUUCUCACAGAACCUGCUGUCGCCAAAUGGACGUCGUCCCCUUCAACAUCUGAGAUCCUAUGGGUCCAUGGUAGACCCGCUCGCGGGAAGUCGGUCUUGUCCUCCUUCCUCGUUCAUCGGCUCCGAGAUCAAGGGGCUCUCGUUCAACAUUUCUUCUUCAGGACUGGUGACGAGACAAAACGCUCUAUCGGAGGUCUCCUGAGGUCCCUAGCAUUCCAGACCGCGCUGAAAAUUCCAUCCUACCGACGGGCCCUUGCCAGCCUGGCCAGCGGAGGGGGAUACAGGCCAAAAGAGGCGGAUUGGAAACUGACGUGGAAGAGAUUGUUUGCGGACUUGCUAUUCCAGAUCGAGUUCCACGCACCGCUGUACUGGAUAAUCGACGGCGUGGACGAGUCUGGUUCUCCACAGCACAUCUUUGAGUUGCUGGCCGAGAUAAACAAGUCAUCAACACCCAUCCGCGUUCUCCUCACCAGCAGGUGGAACCCAGCUCUCGCAUCUACCUUCCAGAGGGUCUCCUCUAAGGUCCCUGCCACUGCUUUGUCCAUUGAUAAUGACACAACGGACAUCCGGAUUUACGCGGAGGAAGAGCUCAGCUAUCUCAUGUGGAACUCUUCGAUCAAGGGCGAACUCAUAUUGGAAGAAGUUAAGGAUUGCCACACCGAGGUCGACUUGAGAGAAAGGCUUAGUGAGCUCCCAGCGGGGAUGGAGUCACUUUACGGGCACAUGGAAGAGACUAUUCGCCGCAUCAGGAGACCCAGUGACCAAAAUCUCGCCCGUCAAUUACUACUCUGGGCCAUCUACGCGAGGCGGUCCAUCGCCAUCGAUGAGCUCUCUGCGAUUUUGAAGCCCGAAUUCGGCCACUUGCUAGACUUGUCGACCACCAUCAACAGACUCUGCGGUCAGUUCAUCGUGUUGGAAGGCAACAACCGCGUCGCGUUGCUGCACCAGACAGCCCGAGAAUACUUGACAAGCACCUCGACCUUGCCGUUCUCGCUCGACGCCUCCGAUGCGCAUGACGAGCUAUUCAAGCAGUCAAUAAACGCCUUCUUAGACAAGGGCCUCCGUUCUAUGCUGCAAAUCGAGCCCCCAAGUAUUUUGGAGUAUCGGGCAAGGUCAUGGACCCACCACCUUGGUGCCCUCAAGAACUCUGAGGAAUCCGACGACAGAUUGGACAUUCUGAUCAGGUUCUUCUCCCAGCAAUCUGUUCUCCUCUGGAUACAGGUGCUGGCCUCCGUUGGCCAGCUGAAGGUCCUGAUCGAAGCUUCGCACACACUCCAUUCUUUCGUCCAGCGGAAGAGGAGGACGGAUGCGGCACGCGAGCCUUCACUUCGACGGUUCGAAGACCUGGAAAUCCUCGAAGCCUGGUCACGCGACCUGUUGAAAAUUCCCGGGAAAUUUGGCAGUACCCUCUCCCGGGAUCCCACCUCUAUCUUCACCUCCAUUGCACCGUUCUGCCCCCAGAGCUCCGCUAUCUACAAGACGUUCAGCCAACUUUCCUCAUCCACUGUUCGGGUCACGGGAGUUUCGGAGGACUGGGACGAUCGUCUUGCUCGAGUAUCAAUUGGUACUGAAAACCAGGUCUCUCUAAUCGCCUGUUCUGGUCGUCAUCUGGCCGUGGUCAACAAUUUUGGGGCAAUAACAAUAUGGGACAGCGCCACGUUUCACCAAGUGCAGCUAUUGGAGCAUGGUGAACCCAUAUCUUCCAUCUGCUUCAACUCGAAGGGGGAUUGCCUUGCAACUUACGGGUUCCGCACAACCAAGAUCUGGAGCUCCCAGUCGGGACAAAUUAUUAGGUCUAUCGAGAAUCCUUCAGAAACUAGAGCCCUCUGCCUAUCCUUUGUCGAUCGAGACAUGGCCUUGAUCAUGGGCUCCGACCGUCGAUGUGUCAUGAGGGUCUCGGUGGAGAAUGGGCAUGGGAGCUGGGAGCUGGUCGACGCGGCGGUCUUGACCGAGGUCGAGUCACUAGAAGGCACUUACUUGAAUUCACCUACCGCGCUGGCGAUUAGUCCCGACGGAAAUAAGAUCGCUGCUACCUUCAGGAGGUUCCCCUUGACAGUCUGGUCACUUAGCCCCCCUGUCAGGGUUUUCAGGCGACUGAACCGAGGCCAUACGCAAGACCGGAACCCGAAUGCACUACCUUUCGCAAGUCGGAUCUCAUGGCACCCCAAUAGCGAUGAACUUCUUGGCAUCUUUCUCGAUGGAUAUUCUUUCCGGAUCAAUAUCCUUGAUGGCACAUACCAGGAGCAGCCACCCGAUCCUGGGCAAAUGCCCGCAGAUAUCCAUUGCAGCCCGGAUGGAACGGUAUUUGCGAUCCAAGGCAUGCAUGGGACUAUCAAGUUGUACGACUAUCAGACGUGGACCCUCAUCUACCAGCUCUCCUCGGAAGAUAUGAUCACAGCCUUUUGCUUCAGCCAGGAUGGGCGGAGGUUCUACGAUAUACGUGGGAGUUGCUGCAAUAUCUGGGAACCUAACAGCCUCAUAAGACUCUCCCUCAUCGAUGACCAGGCUGCGAACAGCAGCCAAGCACCCGACGAAAGUGUGGGGCGGUCAAACAUGGCCUCAGAAUCCUUUGCGAAUGAUCCGUCGCCAAUCGUUUUGGCUUCUCCGAUGCCUCGUGGAUCGUUGGUUUGUCUCGGUGACGAAGAAGGGCUUGUCGAGCUCGUCGACUACAGCACCGAUAAAAGGAUCCACGUUUCACAGACAGCUACCAGACUCGGAAUUGAGCAUCUUUCCUGGAGCGACGAUGGGGUGCAUUUUUGCUAUUCCGAGAUUGGCGGUCGAAUUUCCCUGAUCGAGGUGCAGCCGACGGGAACCGGAUGGAAACAGCGCCGCAUCGCGAGAUUCAAGCCCGGGUUGGAUGGUGGCAGAAUCACUCAAUUGCUUCUGUCCUCGGAUUCGAAGACUCUUCUUGUGGCUUCCAAGGAAUCCGCGCAACUUUGGGCUUUGAGCCCGGUUUCGUUACAGCAGCAGCACAAUUGCCCCAUAACCUCCCCGAAAUGGGUAGCCCAUCCCGUUUCCAAGGAACAUGUCAUCUCAGCCACGCCAGGUAGGCUCAUCCUACACCAAUGGGCGGACCUGAAGGAGGUAAUGAGCUGGGAUAUAUUGGAUCCCGAGACCGAGUGCCCACCUGCAGUCACGCGACCAGCCCUCUCGCAGGACCUGGCCGAGGAUAGCACCUCUCACCCCGGAAACAUCGAGGAGAUGGUAGAGCGCAUAACGAAGACUCACUACCAGGGCCAUAUAAUAGUGACCAUCGCUCGUCGGACACGCUCACGCAAACUGCGACCAAGAUAUUUGAUCUUUGAGGAUGUGCCGGUGAAUUCCCACAUGACCACUGAGAAAAGUUAUCUCACGCCCCUGUGUAUCCCAGAGGACGUUGCCAAAGAGACCGAGAGCCCGCUCGACAUCCUCAAGGGAGAGAGGUUAAUAUACAUUGACCGGUCCUUCGGAGUGUGUGCGUGGCCUCUGAGGUCUUCUCGAGGGGUUGGCGACGUGCAGCGGUACUUUUUCAUCCCCAGAGACUGGUUGCCGGAUCAGGACAUCGGACUUCUCCACAUCACUUCCUCGGGUUCUAUCCUGUGUCCUCGCAAGGGAAGUAUCACGGUAAUAGAGACCUCGAUCGGGUCCGCCUGGUGAACAAAACCACAUAGACUCGUGCUUCGUCCUGUUUUCUGUCAGGGGGAGGGGGUGUGGCUGCUGACUGUGUAUAUACUUAGACAUAGGAAUAAAACUAGGAUAUCAAGUAAAGGGAAUCAUUUUCGUGUAUCCCAUGAUUGACAACAGCGCUGAUGGCCGAAGACUCGAGUCCCUGUUUUAGCAGUCAAAUAACAAUGUUCUAUCAACCCUCUGAUC